AUUCACAUCUUUGUAGUAGCAUCCAUGUUGUUUCCACACACACGGAAGUCGGAAGAACAACUUCACAACAACUGCUCGGUUCACACUACUGCUGCUUAGCUCUGGGGCUUCAGACGUGUUUGGCAGGUUAAUCAGCAGCAUGCCCAGGUGCAGCCAGGCAGCACUCCUCCCAACACAUCUUGUGUUGUGGCUUUUGGUUCCUUUUCUUUGUUUUUACAGCACAACAUCCAUGCAGCACAUUUUCAAUCAUCCACUCCCUACACUACUGAUUUUACAUAUUCCUCCCAUCUCUAGUUUUGUUGGUUUUAAUUUCGUCAAGCAUUCAGAAAUAACAUGCAAAUAUGAGUGCUAAAAGAAGAGUUUAAAAUCCAAACUGCAGUAAACAAAAAUUCAAGAUGAGUCGUCCAUCCCACAAUUGCCAACACAUCAGUGACAAAGAGUAAAAAAAAUCCAGGCAAGCUUAACAAGAACAAAACUUACAGUCACUUAGCCUGCUGAACGAGUUUUAAAUAAACUAGUCAACAAAACCAACCAGGUGAUUGGAGGAGCAGGUAUCUAUAUGGCAUUUGUGGCCUGACAAGAGUACAGGCAUGUCAAACGUAUGGGAGAAUUAUUGAGCCCUUUCCUACACUGGACACAGAAAGGAUCAAACGGUGUAGUGACACAGAGAGCACUGAUAACAACGGCUUCCGAACUGAAACAGGACGAGCCGUCGGAAACCCCCAAGGAAAACCAACGUGAUGAAGAAUGCCAUCACCAGCUACUAUGAGGUCCCGCAGUGUGCUGACAAAGACCCAGAUGCAUUAGUGCCUCCUGUCACAGAUGGAAGCCAGUUAGAGGUUGAAGUCAAACCUGUACCUAGUCCCAGGCCAAGAUUACAACACAAGUCCCUGUGGAACAUCAGCAACAACACUGCUGACUCUGUAGACACAACUAGCAAUACAACCAAAGCAGUGAGGCCUCCUCCCACUUGUCCUCCCAGACCACCAAUGAGCCAAUGUGCGACUUCAAGUAAACCCACAGCAGCAGAUGGCAAUCUCUAUGUGAAAUUAAAUACUGUGAAGGCCACAGACAGAACAGACAGACCUGCAGUUCUGCCAAGACCUCGGCCAUCCUCCCUCCCUCUCUCUACAUCAGUGUGUGAAACCUCACCUCCACAGACCAGACCACCACCGCCUCAAUUCAACCUGCCACCCCCGCCAGCAAUGGGGAGUCCAUCAGAGCCACUGUACAUUGAGAUGCCCACCUACCUGGAAAUUCUUCCAGCGGAUAAAGAUGAGAGUGGCUGCUCCACUUCUCAUCAACAGACCACUGAGGACACAGAGGACAUCAAUGGGAUGUUGACAUGGUUGAAAAGAGUGUCAAAAUCCAAUUUCACGGUUCCAUCAUUGUAUGGCCUCAGUAUAGGCGAGGAAAUGAGAUCAUUUAGUCAGAGAGCCAUGAAUGUGAGAAAGGCCCUGCAAAUCUACAACCUUCUCAUGGUAAAACGCAACGGAGGCCUGCGGGACAUCAUCGCAGAAUUCAUCUCCAUCUCAGACGGCCUGGACAAGAUGAAGAAGAUGAAUAAAAACAUGGGCAUUGCAGGAGGCACCACAGGUGCUGUGGGAGGGGUGACUGCCAUGGUGGGUAUCGCCUUUGCCCCUAUAACCCUGGGUGCCUCGCUGAUUGCUACAGCUAUUGGUGCUGGUAUGGUGGCGUCUGCUGGGGGUAUAGGUGCCCACACAGCUAUCGCCAAUAAGAAGACUGUGGAUAGGAAGACAAUUGAGAAACUAGUAGGCGAAUAUAAUGCAAAUAUUAUUGAUGUGGAACAUUGUCUGGAUUUUAUCCUCUCUGGGAUGAAUGAGCUGCGAAGGCACAACAUUCUCAGGUUACUGAGGGCAGGAGCCCCGCCUGAUGCACUGAAGAUGGCACAUCUGUCACAGUCUGUGUUUGGCAUGAACCAAGACACCUCACACGCUGGUGGGGUGUCAUCUGAGAAACUGAUUCAGGCUUUUGCUAAGGAAAUGGAUCUGUGUUUUUCAGAGAAGGAUGGUCAGAAGCUGAAGAAGUCAAAUAAGAGCAGGUUUUCAGGUAGAGUUCGCCUGCUGGCUGAAAAUCUGCAGGAUGAACUAGAUCACCUGAUUCAAAUGUGCGAGAUGUUUGGUUGAAUCAAAGAACUUCUUGUUGUGUUGUGUUGUGUGCCUGUGUGUGGUGAGACAGGGAGAAAGAGAUGUUUAAUAAUGUUUUAAUUGGUUUAACUGGUAAUAAAAUGCCUUAUUUAGCCUGCCACUUAUUUUUCAAUAAAC